AUGACUUUAUUUAAACCAUUCCUGUCAAACGUGACUAUCCGUGAAUAUCGGGACUUGAUCCGAGACCAUGACGAUGAGUUCAUCCAAAAGAUUCCCAAAGCUGAAAUGCACGUCCACAUCGAAGGGACCAUGACACCAGAAACGCCCAUACCAAAGCCUGGAACGGGGAAGCCCUGCCAUGUCUUAGCAGAAGGGGACGUUGAGGGAGGAACGCAUCGAUUUUUCCAGCUUUACUGUGGUGGCUUCGACGUUUUUCGCGAAGAAGAAUACUUUUGCUACCUUGCGCUGAACUAUUUCCAACGCGCAGUUCAAUUCCAAUGGAUCAUGUGUUUUCUACGAGACAUGUCCCCGGAAUCUGCAAUGUCGCAUCACAUCGACGCUCUUCCCUUUCGUGACAUGAUCGUGGGGAUUGGUCUCGAAUUCCUGGAAAGAGGUCGCCCGUCUCUCUUGUUCGAAGAUGUAUUUGAACGAGCGAGAGACAAUCAUUUGAAGAUCACCUGUCACUGCGACUUUGGUGCAAAGCAUUCCUUACGCCACGUUGCUCAGGCAGUUGACCAGCUGGGUGAGACGGGAGCAGGCCGGAUUGACCACGGUCUACAUAAGGGCCUGGGACUGACAAUUCGCCUAUGGGGCUACUUAUGCUACAUUGGCGAGAGUCGGAUUCCGGAACGUAUGGGUGUUAUCCACGACGCGGGUAUAAAGAUUGUGAUCGGAAGUGACGACCCGGCUUGUAUGGAAGACAUCCGGUUGAAAAAUACUCUCUACAUGCUGUGUGAACUAUGUCAGUAUGCGGUUGAUAUAUGCUGGGCUUCUACUACUAUCGAAACGCAAAUCCUGGAGGAAUUACAGGAGUAUCUGAAGCAAGUCUUGUAG